CAGUGCGUCUGGCCGGCGCUUUAUAGCUGCAGCCUGGGCGGCUCCGCUAGCUGUUUUUCGUCUUCCCUGAGCUAUUUCUGCCUGGCGCUCCGCGAAGAUGCAGCUCAAGCCGAUGGAGAUCAACCCCGAGAUGCUGAACAAAGUGAGUGGCGUCUCGCGCCGUCUCUGGCCCCCUCCCCCGCGAGCGCCGAGGCGGGGGCGCCCACCGGCUCCGGCUGCUGGCAGGGACCAAGGCCGCCCGCUGCGCGCACCGGAGACGGCCGGGCUGGGGCGUGGGCUGGGCGCCCUUCCUGGGCCCCUGCAUUUAGCGGGUGACUCUACGAAACCGGUCACGGGGAGACGGAGGGGGCUGCGCCCCGUGGCAAGCGAGCGCCGGGCGGAGCUCCCGAGGGCGUGGCGCGGGCAGCACAGACUCUGCUGCACGGGCUUCGCGGGCGCCACGUGUGGGCCGCGCUUUGUGCUGUGUCAUUGCGCCGGCCCGGGUGGGGGUGGCAGGGCGGGACUGGGGCUCCUCCCAGGCUCGGGUGCGGGCGCGGAGGGCGCGCGCUUCCUGGCCCCGCCCCCUGGCAGGUGCCCGCGACCCGCGUGUCCCCGUGCGCCUGGCCGCCUUGUCUCCUCUCCGCAGGUGCUGACCCGGCUGGGGGUCGCCGGCCAGUGGCGCUUCGUGGACGUGCUGGGGCUGGAAGAGGAGUCUCUGGGCUCGGUGCCAGCGCCUGCCUGCGCGCUGCUGCUGCUGUUUCCCCUCACGGCCCAGCAUGAGAACUUCAGGAAAAAACAGAUUGAAGAGCUGAAGGGACAAGAAGUUAGUCCUAAAGUGUACUUCAUGAAGCAGACCAUUGGGAAUUCCUGUGGCACCAUCGGACUUAUUCACGCAGUGGCCAAUAAUCAAGAUAAACUGGGAUUUGAGGAUGGAUCAGUUCUGAAACAGUUUCUUUCUGAAACAGAGAAAAUGUCCCCUGAAGACAGAGCAAAAUGCUUUGAAAAGAAUGAGGCCAUACAGGCAGCCCAUGAUGCUGUGGCACAGGAAGGCCAAUGUCGGGUAGAUGACAAGGUGAAUUUCCAUUUUAUUCUGUUUAACAACGUGGAUGGCCACCUCUAUGAACUUGAUGGACGAAUGCCUUUUCCGGUGAACCAUGGUGCCAGUUCAGAGGACACCCUGCUGAAGGAUGCUGCCAAGGUCUGCAGAGAAUUCACCGAGCGUGAGCAAGGAGAAGUCCGCUUCUCUGCGGUGGCUCUCUGCAAGGCAGCCUAAUGCUCUGUGGGAGGGACUUUGCUGAUUUCCCCUCUUCCCUUCAACAUGAAAAUAUAUACCCCCCCAUGCAGUCUAAAAUGCUUCAGUACUUGUGAAACACAGCUGUUCUUCUGUUCUGCAGACACGCCUUCCCCUCAGCCACACCCAGGCACUUAAGCACAAGCAGAGUGCACAGCUGUCCACUGGGCCAUUGUGGUGUGAGCUUCAGAUGGCGAAGCAUUCUCCCCAGUAUAUGUCUUGUAUCCGAUAUCUAACACUUUAAAUGGCUACUUUGGUUUCUGUCUGUAAGUUAAGACCUUGGAUGUGGUUUAAUUGUUUGUCCUCAAAAGGAAUAAAACUUUUCUGCUGAUAAGAUA